AUGUUAGACACAUUCGAGAUUCUCACCACUUCGGGUGUCGUUCUAUGGUCGCGGUCAUACGCCCCUGUCAACCCCUCCAUAAUCAACAACUUUAUCGCAGAUGUCUUCAUCGAGGAGAAAGGCGCCGUCGCUGGAGCCAAGGACGACCAGCCAACCGCCAGCAACCCUCCAUACAAGGCAGAGCAGCACACCUUGAAGUGGACCUUCUCCAAAGAGAUCAAUGUCAUAUUCGUCGCUGUAUACCGAUCUUUGCUGCACCUGUCGUGGAUUGAUAAGCUCGUCGACAACAUCAAGACCAUUUUCGUAGACUUGUAUGGCGACCAGCUCAAGAAACCAAACACCACUCUUGUGCACUGCCACAAGUUCGACGAGUACUUUGACCAACAAGUACGCCAGUUAGAGUCAGCUGGAACCACCAAGAGCAGCCACCCCUCAGCAGCAGCAGCGGUAGCCAACACCUUCGCAUCAGAGGAUGAGAGCAUAUCCGGCAACCUGGGCGACGAGCCUCCUCUCCCGCCUGGUCUGAAGCACCGAACACGCGCUCAGGAUGCCGCACAGGCAGCAGCAUCUCCAACCGCUUCAUCCCCGACCGCUACACCCUCGAACUCUCGCCCAGCCACACCUGCUGGCAGCCAUCUCGUGGUCGGUAAAGGGGGUCCUCUGGGGAAGAUGUCGCGCCGGGCCAAAAAGAUGCAGAACACCUCCGCCCCCGCAUCGUCUGGCGACGAAGGCCCCAGCCGGAAAGCCAAGAAGGCGCCGAAGAAGGGACGUAGGUGGAACGCCGAUGGAUUCGCCAGCGAGGAAGACGACACCGUCCUCGACUAUUCCGCCGCCACAAACGCACUCACGAGCGAGAGUGAAGCAGAGGGUCGACCGAGCGCAUUGGGCAGUAUUGACUCGUCCACCUGGGGCACCAAAACCUCCAAGGGUCAAUUCGUGCUCAAGGAUCUCGACGACGAAGUAAAUGACAUUCUUGCCUCGGCGCAGUCCAAGAAUGCCACCCAAUCUGGCAGUGCCGGUCUGGUUGGUGCAGGGCUGACCUCCAUCACCGGCCUGUUUCGCAACGUUGUCGGCGGCAAGACGCUGACGAAAGAUGACCUGAAGAAACCCAUGGAAGGCAUGAAAGAGCACCUGAUCAAGAAGAACGUAGCCCCUGAGGCCGCAGUGCGUUUGAGGGAUAGUGUCGAGCAUGAACUUAUUGGCAUGACGACCGGCAGCUUCGAGUCUAUCGAUACCCGCAUUGCAAAGGCCAUGGAGGCGUCCUUGACAAAGAUGCUCACACCAACUUCGUCGCUUGAUCUCCUCCGCGAAGUCGAUGCUGUCACGCGACCUUCGGCAUUGUCAAGUACCAAAGCGCGACCAUACGUCAUCUCCGUGGUCGGCGUCAAUGGAGUCGGCAAGUCCACCAAUCUCUCCAAGAUUUGCUUCUUCCUGCUGGAGAACAAGUACAAAGUGCUUGUCGUAGCCGGCGACACUUUCCGGUCGGGUGCGGUGGAACAGCUGAAGGUGCACGUCCGAAACCUCAAGGAGCUCACCAAGCGUGAAGGUGGUAAAGUGGAGCUCUUCGAAAAGGGCUAUGGAGGCGACGCUGCGACUGUCGCGCGUGAUGCUGUUCGUACAGCCGCCAAUGAGGGUUUCGAUGUUGUCUUGAUCGAUACAGCUGGAAGACGGCACAAUGACCAGAGACUCAUGUCAAACUUGGAGAAGUUCGCAAAGCUCGCCAACCCUGACAAGAUUUUGAUGGUUGGAGAGGCUUUGGUUGGUAACGACUCAGUUGCACAAGCACAGAACUUCAACGCAUCGUUCGGGCAAGGCAGGCAUCUGGACGGCUUCAUCAUAUCAAAGUGCGACACUGUGGGAGACAUGGUGGGUACCAUCGUCAGUAUUGUACAUGCUACGAAUGUGCCGGUUUUAUUCGUCGGAGUUGGCCAGCACUACGAAGAUAUCAGGAGUUUCUCAGUCAAAUGGGCUGUCAAGAAAUUACUAAGUAAUAACUAA